UUAGGUGCCAUCAGAUUCAAAAUAACAAAAUCGUCGAUUUAAGGCGCACGAUGCGUUGGUGAACGUUAGCAUAUCUCCAAACUGCAUUAUCAUUGGCCGUUAUGCGUUCCACAAAGACUUAGGGUUCCGGACUCAGCGGAGGUGUCGCCACCGCUUCUCAAUCGCCGGCGUAAGGCGGAUCAUCUAAUUUACAGAUCAGAUGGGCGAAGAAGACGCCUUGACGGUGGAUCAGAACAGUUAUAAUGGUGGGGAAGCUUCUUACCUCCGUAAUAACAAUCCCUCGCCACAUCUAUCUUCCAAAGUGCUUACAUUGCCCACCGUAUUAACCCUUGGCCGUGUAGCCGCCGUUCCGAUCCUCGUCGCGACUUUCUACGUUGAUUGCUGGUGGGGGAGAACUGCCACAACGAGUAUCUUCGUUGCAGCAGCCGUUACAGAUUGGCUUGACGGAUGAGAUCAGGAUCUGCGUUUGGUGCUUUUUUGGAUCCAGUUGCAGAUAAGCUUAUGGUAGCAGCAACAUUGAUAUUGCUGUGCACUAAACCUAUGGACGCCCUUGUCUUGGGACCAGUUCCAUGGUUAGUGACUGUACCUUCAAUUGCCAUCAUAGGUAGAGAGAUUACUAUGUCAGCAGUAAGAGAGUGGGCUGCAUCUCAAAACGGAAAGCUUUCCAAGGCUGUUGCUGUAAAUAGCUUGGGAAAGUGGAAAACUACAACGCAGAUGAUAGCGCUGACCAUACUGCUUGCAAGCCGGGAUAGCAGUUUAGAGAGGCUAUUACCGCCGGGUAUUGGGUUGCUCUAUGUAUCUGCAGGUCUCUCUAUAUUGUCUUUAGUUGUUUAUAUGAGACAGAUUGUGAGAGUACUGCUAAAGAAGAAGUAGCGAGAUUGCUUUUCUGGCUUUUGCGUUCAGUAUAUACACAUAGAAUGGAAGACUCGCCCAGCUCCAUUUUACCUCUCUUCUUAUUGAAGAAAGCACUAGAAGACUCUUAUGAUGCUUUAGUUCUGUUUUCAACUUUGGGUUCUGCGAUCAUACUCAGCUUGGUUUGGUUUUGUAUAACCUCUCUGAAUCACGUUGCUCCUUGCUCGCUGCACACUGAGUUUUACUAAAGCAGCAGCAUGAAUUUUUGGACAAUGAAGGAGAAAGCAAGCAGGUGCAGUUUCAUUCUAGAUGGAGUCUUGCUUGGUCUCUGAGAUGAUGAAACAGAACAGUUGUUGCAUGUCAUGUAGAUGCUUUUUCAAUCUUUUCCUGAUACAACAAUAUAAACAUAUAUAAAAACAAAUCUUUGAUAUAAUAUCUCAGUGGCUUCGUUUCA